CAAAGAAAGGAACAACGCUACAAAAUCGGAGAAUAUAGUGAUAUUUCGCGAUUAAAGACGAGGCAAGAGUUCCUUAUCUAUUACAUUACGUAGGACCGACAUCUUUUGAUAUCGUGUGCAAUAAAGUAGCACCGCUGGAUCCGUUCGAAAAAGAUUACGCAUCGUUAAUACAAACGCUGGGGGAAUUCGUAGUCUCCUUACAAAAAUUAAGUCUACACUGCAAAUUUGGACGCUAUUUAAACACUGUAGUAUCCGCGCUUCUCAUACCCAACAACAAGGAGUCAAACGAAAACACGAAACGUAGGGUACGGGAUUGGUCGCGUAGGUAAAGCGGUCGACUGUGGAUCCGAGGAUCUUGGAUUCGAAUCCCCGUGCCUUAUAUUUCGUUUAGAUUCCUAUAAUACAGCAUUGCGAAAUGAAUUAGUUUUCGGGAUGGCAAGCAAAAAAAUUCGAGCAAGACUGUUAGAAUUAUCGGAUUUAACCUUGGAGAAAGCAAUUCAAGUAGCAACGACAAUGGAGAUGUCGAACAAGGAAACACAACAACUUCAAGGAGAGGCGCAAAAUAUAAAUAUGGUACAAGCUGCGAAACGAAUCAUCAAGCGAGGAAGCCAAGCAGAUAAGUCGUCAAAAUACAAUAAGAACUAUACUUAUUCAAAAAAUAGUAAUGUACAAAAACCCAAUUAUAAACCUAACCCGAUUAAUGUAAAUAGAAAUGCGAACCUUACAUGUUAUUGUUGCGGUAAAAACCAUUUAGCUUCGAAACGUAAUUUAGAUAAAAAUAUUAAAUGUAAUGCUUGUGGCAGGGCAGGACAUCUACAGAAGGUCUGUUUCGGGAAGAGUCACGAGAACAAUCAGUUGGGAGAAGUGUUACAAUUCGAACACAGUCAAUUCCGAAAAAAAUUGGAGACCACACUCCUAGUGAACGACAAGCAUAUAAAAUUUGAAAUAGACAGCGGAGCAACAGUCUCAGUAAUGUCCGAAGAGCUCAAACAUUGAAGCGGUUAGGUAAACAAGUUUGCGAAGAGGAGCAGACUGAAACUGUGUCUGCUGCAACGGCACAUGAAAAAUUACAAAUAGAAGAAGCAAUGGAAAUAGAAUUAGAUGGAAGAGACCUUGUAGAGAAUGAAUGUCAAGAUCGACAAGAAGAAGAAAUAGAAGAUACAAGAAAUGAAACAGAAGAAGAACUUCAUCGGAUAGUAGACGUCGUCAUGCAGACAGAAACUGCCACUGACGAAGAAGAAUAUCUAGUCGUAGAAAAAGAAACGACGAAAUCAGACGAAAAGUUAUGUCGGUCUGACGGGUUCAGCAUUGUUGACAUGCACCACGUCUUCGACCAGAUAAAAUUAAUCGGCGAACAUUCAGAAACGUUUGAAUGUUCAACAAGGCACCUGGAAAUAAAAGGUCUGAAAAGAUCGGGUUUAAAUUCAACCCUUAUUCUAGAAUGCAGGAUGUGCAAUUAUAGAGCCGAAGUGCACAGCCAACCUGAAAAUGCUCAGGUAAUGAAUACAACUGAGAAUGCAGUUGCAGCAAACAUUCAGUGGAGGCGGCUACGCACAAAUGGAGGACUUUUUGACAUCUAUCAAUGCCCCUUGCAUGUCAAAGAAGAAAUAUAGGAAAUGUCACGACCACAUUGUCAAUAAAUUAAUUGCUGCUGCCGAAACAGAAAUGGUAGCAGCGGCAGAAGAAGAAAAUUUUGAAUGCACGAAUCACUUGUUGCGCAACUUCGGCAAUAAGUUAAAAGAAGUUGCGAAGAAGACUCCGCCGAGCUGUUAUAGACAAGCCAUCGAAAAUAAUAUUCGACGCAUGCGUAUGGGAAUUACAAAAGCUGCAGAAUAUAGAUUUAAUGAAAAUACUUCGAUAUUACAGAGACAACAAAAAUUAUACGAAGAUAUUAUGAAUGUAUCCAGCCACGUGUUUGGAGAACAUAAAGACUGCAAAAGAAUUGGAUAUUUCUGCAACGGAACGAUGAAGGAGAAUGAACAAAACAUCGUCCCACAUUUAUUAAACCUGGGAGUUUACCAAAAAAUACAAGAUAUUCUUCGAUCGUUGGCGGCACACGCAGAAAGCUUACUGUACCGAACCAACAAUAAUACGGUAGAAAGUUUUAAUGCCAUCAUUGGCAGAGAAUUCGAAGAAGAAGAAAGAAUUGACAAAUGCCGAAAAAGAAAAGAAGAGCGAGACCAAAAAGAAAAAUUUCCAUGCAAGUAAAGAUAAAGAUUACGGAUCGAAUGCACAGAAGCCAGACAUGGAUGAAUUUAUGUUCGAUCUCCAGAAAGAGAAACAUCUAGAAAUGCUGAACGAAUGGCAAAAUCAAAAAGCAAAAAUUGAGCAGGAAACCAUAGAACAAUGUAAAAGCAGGAAAUGGUUGGCUCACAAGCCAAAACUUUUGACAGCGUCCAACUUCGGUAAAGUUUGCCGCCGACGCAAAGAUACACCGUGUGCCAAGAUGGUACAGUUGCUGUUGUAUCCACGUGUAUUAAACGUUCCUGCCGUAGAAUACGGACGGGAGAAUGAAGAAAUUGCUCGGAGAGAAUCGUCGAAAAAGGAAAACAUUGAAAUAAAAAAAUGUGGUCUUUUCAUCGACGCAUCGAUACCCUAUUUGGGAGCAUCGUCAGAUGGCGUUAUCGGUGAAGACGGCAUUGUAGAAAUAAAAUGUCCGAAAUCCGCAGAUGUUACUCCAGAAGAGACAAUAACAACAAACAAGUCUGUGAAGGCCAUAUUUAUCGACAGUACGGGCAACGCAUUGCGCAAAACACACCCGUACUUCUACCAAGUCCAAGGACAAUUGCACAUAACGGGUAGAAAAUACUGCCUGUUUUGUCUGUGGACCAAGAAAGGAAUUAUGUCCAUUCGUGUUGAAAAGGAUGACGAUUUUUGGAAGCGAGAAAUGGAACCAAAAUUAACACAAUUUUAUCUGAAUUGUAUGCUGCCAGAAAUAGUUUACAGCAGAUAUAACAGAGGCAUGCCAAUACGGGAGCCUCAGAAUAUCAAAAAGUGAAGAUAAGUGCGCAGACUCGCUGAUUCUAUCAGCGAAUGAAUAUAAUAUUAAAAUAUUAUAUUAAAGUUGCAAUUUUCCGACGUCGAGUGCACUUACAAAAGUGUAACCCAGCUGACUCAAUCAGCUGGUGACACAGUGGAGUAGGCCUACAGGGGAUACCACUGACGAAAAAAAAACGCAUCAACAGUAGUACCUCAAGGGUGAUGUGGAAAUCUAUUGUUCCGCGUGUCACCUUACCUUUUAUAUUUUCAGAUUAUAUUAAUUUUCUUUUUUGUUACGUUAUAGCAACGAAUCAUCUGGACUAUUGUUACGAAGUUGACACAAGUGUGAUACCCGGAGACAUAGCGAUCGUUGAGAUGUUGACCGACGACUCGGCGAACGAGCAUCAGCUGGCAAGGUAAGCAGAAGAGAGGAAUUUUAAUUUUUAAAUCUUGAAGUAUACCUUUCAUUUUUUUCCGCAUUUUGAUAAUAUACCUUUUCUUUCUGUUUCAAUAGCAAAUCAUUUGGAAUGUUUAUCUUCGAGAUGAUAAUAGACGACGCGGAGAAAAAGCCGUUUCGAAAACGUUCAACAGCUCACAAGGGAAGGGGUUAAUUCGCCCCCGUAAAGAGGGGCACGUCGAAAAACGCCACUUCUGAAGGGGCCAGGGGUGACGGAAGGGGUUGAAAAAAUAAAAAAAAAACUUUGGGGCGACCCUCCUCGAUGCCCUCUACAAAAUGCACCCCUCAAAAUCCCUCUCGGGCAAAUCCACCCCUCACAACACCCCACCCCCUCCAAAAUCCACAAUUUUUGGACUCCAGUCCCGAAUUUGGGCUCAAUGCAUUCCCUGGAAUCUCCUGAUCCAGGAAAUGCCAACGCCCACGCCGUGCGCCCCAUAGGCACCGCUUAGAGGGAUGGAACAGUUCGCCACUUUUCAACACCCUUCGUAAGGGAGCAUUUCCGCACCUCGAAGGGCGAUGAAAUUCACCAUGUUUAUUCUCGGUACGUUAAGGAUCAAUGUCAUUUAAAGCUCGUUUCGAAAACUGCCCCUGGAGCUGAACAGGGUGGCCCAGAGUUAAGGCUAGUCCACCCACAGGUGUAGGGGUUGGAACGAUGUUUCGUGGCGUGGAACACAUGUGAUACGGUCCAAGGCAUUGGAGUGACACAGUUUUGAUGUCUUUUUCCCGCGUGGAUAGCAUUAAAAUACGAAAAUGUCGUUUUUUUUUUUGGAAAACCCACCCGCGAGUUUAGGCCUGUGUACCAGGUGAACGAGUAACCCCACGUCAACGCCGUUCGUGGAUUCGGACGCGCGAAUGCUUUAUUAAUAGGUCCACAAAAAUUCGGAUAUUUUGAAUCACGCUUUCAUUGUCAAAUCGGAGUAGAUUUGAAAGAGUAUUAAGUGGGCCGGACGGAUCCGGCAUUCAGGAGCGCCUGGAGUUACGCUACCAACUAUUCCUCGUACUUCGCUACGGAUUCUCUCGUGUCCCUCGACUGAAGCGUUUCUCACACGGUCGCGUCGCGCAAACGGUAUUUUCUUGUGUUUAAUCGAGUGUGUUAGAAGAACGCCCUUCCAAAGCGGACGGCUUAAUUCUUGCUAUUUAAUUGAAUGGAAGAGUUCGGUGCGUAGGUGAGAUUGACCUUUUAUUUUAGGCCGAUUACUGAGCGCGUAAACCUCGAAACCAAAGAACGUUGAUUUAUUACCGUAAAUUCUCGGAAAUCGACGUAUCGUGUAUAGUACAUAAUAAAAAUAUGUAAAAAAAUAAAUCUUACCACUACAUUAGGGAGAUUCUCGAACAGGGUGUUCAUUAAAAAAAGACAAUGUACAAAAAAAAUUUCUUUUAUUAAACAUUAACGAAGUAACGGAGGAUAAAUUUCUAAAUUUGGAAAACAAAAUAAAUAAAUUUGUUAAAUUUUGGGCAAACACAGGGUUCAGUAACGUGUGUUUCCCCCUUUAGCUUUUAUCGAGUCAGUUUAUGGGACAAACAACAGCGAAGCUACAGUUUUUGAGAAAGCCAUUUUCUGUUCGUAAUUUAGUCAUAUAUAUCAUAUUCUACAGGGUGAUCUGCUCGCUAGUAGACACAAUGGACAACCACAACAAUAGCCGACCGUCAUUGUAGACUUUAUGACGGGGCACCCCCGCAGCGAAAGCGGCUGUAUGGGUGUAAAUGUGUGUGCCGAGCAGAAACGUCACCGUCAUAAAGUCUACAAUGACGACCGGCUAUUGUUGUGGUUGUCCAUUGUGUAUACUAGCGAGCGGAUUACCCUAUAGCUAGCACUUCGCUACAGUGAAAUAAAAGUUUGCUAGUACGUUUCCCCGAGUUCGUUUAAAAGAAACAAAGCAAACACUAAACUUUUAACACGAAACAAACGAACUUUAAGAUUAACUCAGUGCUCAGUGACGUGUAAACAUUCCAAGAGCAGCUUGUGAACCGGUAAGUAGAGUUUGUUAGUUUUGAUCAUAGGCCAAUCGGUAGAGAAUUAAAACAGCCUUUUUGUAACAAAAAUACUAACCUCA